AUGAAGCUCUCCGCUGUUCUCCUUUCUUCCGUCGCCGCAGUCACCUCUGCCGCCCCCUCGCAGCUGACAGAGCGUGCUGGCGGAAGCGGCUGCGUCAAGCCUGGUGACGGCAAAUGCGCACUCGUCGUUUUUGGCAGUCUGCCCGUCGGCGGUACCGGCUUUCAGCACGGCGCCAGUGUCUACGAUAAGAACUGCAACGAGCUCGGCAAGUCGGGCUCCCACCCCGGCGCGUCCAACUUUCUCGUCAAGUCGAGCCUCAAGUACGACGUCAACGUCUAUGUCCAGGGCGGUUUCGAGUCGACGGGUACGUUCUGGUACGCCGGAACAAAGUACAACAUCAACCACGACCACUGCGGGGACUGCGGAUCCAGUCUCAGCGCAAACAAGUGCUGCUCCAUGAGCUUCAAGUGCUGA